UAGUAGCGAGCGGCCACCCAAAGGUGCCGGUGUUCUACAUAAAAUCAAUAGCGUGUAGUGUUUUCACUUUUGCCCAUAACAAUAGACGUGAAGUGGUUGUGAAUAAAAAAUUAAUUAAAUACUCGUUUAUUUAAAGUUUUUGUAAUGUGUCCGGUGCAAAAAGUAAAAAAAAAAAUUUAAUAAAUAACUAAAAAUAAUUAAAAAGAAGUGGAUAAUGAUUAGAUAGUGUUUACGUCACAGUGUAAAUUUUUGAUUGUGAAAUAAAUAAACACUUGUAUUUGUUGUUGGAUGUAAACAAAUAACUUUGCGAACAAAUCAAUAGCAAAGGUGCACGGUUGUGUUUGUUGUUGACUUUCUUGGCGGUAUAAAAUUCGAUUGCAAGCAGACAUUUCCGUGAGAAUGGACUCACCAACACCGCCAAUCGUAAUCGACGAUCCAAACGGUUCAGCAAUGGAUGCUUGCUUCACCGCAUUCGAUAAGGACGGUGAUGAUCGUCUCAGCUUGGCCGAGUUCACGCUCAUCUGUCGGGCAUUAUUCCGCAACGAUAAGGGGCAUAUUUACGAUGUGCCAGCUGAUCGGAUGCAGCAGAUUUUCGAAGUAUUCGAUACGGAUGGCGAUGGCUACAUUGAUAGAGAGGAAUUUAAAUUCUGUUGGAAUCGUUGGAUUAAAACGAUUGUACGACCGGUGAAUGCUUUCCUCAUUGUUGAUGUACAGAAUGAUUUUAUAAGUGGAUCCUUGGAUAUAAGUAAUUGCAGUGCACAGCAAAAAGGACAUGAGAUUUUGGAGCCCAUCAACAACUUGUUGGAGACCGUUGAAUUUGAUGCGAUUUUCUACUCUCUGGAUUGGCAUCCCAGCGAUCACGUUUCGUUUAUUGAUAAUGUGAAAAUGCGUCCCAUGGAUGAGUCGUCGCCUGUCGACGCAGACUCAGCGCAGGUUUUCGAUACAGUCAUCUUUGCGGGUCCACCACCGAUGAAGCAACGUCUAUGGCCGCGUCAUUGUGUACAGGAUUCGUGGGGCGCCGAACUGCAUAGGGAUUUAAAAGUGGUGGAUAAUGGCAUUAAAAUCUAUAAAGGUACAAAUCCAGAAGUCGAUUCGUACUCCGUUUUUUGGGACAAUAAGAAGCUCUCUGAUACAACAUUGAAUGCACAGCUCAAGAUGAAGGGCACAACGGAUAUUUACGUAUGUGGACUGGCAUAUGAUGUGUGUGUGGGUGCCACCGCCGUCGAUGCCUUGUCUGUCGGCUAUCGUACCAUUUUAAUUGACGACUGUUGUCGUGGCACCGAUUUCCAUGAUAUCGAGCACACCAAAGAGAAGGUGAUAAGUAAUCAUGGUGUGGUUGUGCACUCGAAUGAGGUGCGUGGCAUGAUCGAUGGACGCGAUCGACGUCCAGAACUUGGCUAUAAACUGGCAAUGGAACUUAAGAAUCCCGACUCGGCACUUUCGCAACGCAAUGGCUUCCGUCCGGUCGAUUAAAUUGCGAUUAACUGUAGAUGACAAACAUAGCUAGUAAAAGACCUACGAGACAUAAGUACAACAACAACAUAACUAUUUCACAAUCCUAUGAAAACGCUUAAUAUAUGGCUUUAAAGGCAUGCACCAGAGACAA